AUGGGCCAACAGAAUCUGACAUCGCUGACUGAAUUUAUUCUGAUGGGAGUCACGAGGCAGCCUGAGCUGCAGGGUCUGCUUUUUGGAGUCUUCCUCAUCAUCUACACAGUCACAGUGGUGGGCAACCUGGGUAUGAUCAUCUUGACCCAGGUGGACUCCCGCCUACACACACCUAUGUAUUUUUUUAUCAAACACCUGGCUUUCAUUGAUCUUGGUAAUUCUACCGUCAUUUGUCCUAAGAUGCUAGUAAAUUUCAUUAGGGAUCAAAAUACCAUUUCAUAUUAUGCAUGUGCCACACAAUUGGCUUUCUUCCUUAUGUUUAUUAUCAGUGAAUUUUUCAUCUUGUCGGCCAUGGCCUAUGACCGUUAUUCAGCCAUCUGUAACCCUUUGCUCUAUAAUGUUAUUAUGUCCCAGAGACGUUGUCACAUGCUAGUGGGUAUUCCAUACCUCUACGGUACCUUUCAGGCUCUAAUGUUCACUAUUAAGAUUUUUACCUUGACCUUUUGCGGCUCUAAAGUCAUAAAUCAUUUCUAUUGUGAUGAUGUUCCCUUGUUACUUUUGCUCUGCUCAAAUGCGCAAGAAAUAGCAUUGUUGAUCAUAUUAUUUUCAGCACUGAAUUUGCUCUCUUCCCUGUUGGUAGUUUUAAUAUCAUACAUCUUGAUUCUGAUAGCUAUAUUUCGGAUGUAUUCUACAGAGGGCAGGAAAAAAGCUUUCUCCACAUGUGGUUCUCACCUGACAGUGGUAAUUGUGUUCUAUGGGUCUCUGCUAUUUAUGUACACACAACCCAAAUCCACUCACUCCUUUGAUACUGAUAAAAUGGCCUCCGUGUUUUACACUUUGGUGAUCCCCAUGCUUAAUCCCUUGAUCUACAGCUUAAGGAACAAAGAGGUAAAAAAUGCCUUCCACAGGGUCUUUAAGAAUCCAUGCAAACUUUGUAUUUAA